AUGGAGAAACUAAUCAGCACCCGUACUGAUAGUAUAAAGGAUCUUUUUGAUGUGAAUUACCGCGACGAACCAACUUUCCUCACAAAAACGAAACUUCCAACAGGACAGUUGAUCAUCGGUCGAAUGUUGUCGUUGUGUAAACCCGGGCGCAAAGGUGGAGCUAAAAUCAUCAGUCGAAAGGAUGCAAGUGUAAUUGUUGCUGAAGAGGUAAAAGAAGAUUGGAUAUCAAAAAACGUAUACCCUAUGGGUGUUCGCAGCAUAGCUAUCAGAAUUCAAAAUGAUUAUGAAAAAUUUAGGGAAUUUCGAAAAACAGAACGUCAUCAGGGAAAACCAAAAACUGAACAAUGGAUAACGAAGGCUAGAGAAUUCAAUGAACAAAUGUGUAACCGUGCUUUUGACGUCCGAUGUCAGAAUAAGACCUUUCAGAAACAACUAGAAACGGAAUAUGGUGUUGUUAUGAAUUCUGAAGACGUUGCUUUUUAUGAAGAUAACUGUCACGGACUGUUUAUUGCCACGUGUUCACAAACAGUUCCUCGUAAAUGGAGGAAGCAAAAGUGUAGAAAUGAAGCCCGCCAAAUAAAUGCUGAAAUACAGAGAAUGGAUAUGCAGAAGGAACAAUACACGGAAGAAACCUUGUGCAUGAAUCAGGUGAGGAAUGCUCUCAAAGAUAUUACAGAUGAUAACAUAAGCGAUCCUGAUUUUGGAUAUCCAGUCGACAAUUGCUUCAAUAUUGACGCAUCAAUACCCAUCACUAGAUCUAAUAAGAAAGAUCCAGUUGCUACUGAAAAUAUCUAUGCACAUUCAUUUCCAUCUGUAAAAAUACGAACAGGACAUAAAACUUUGAACGAGGCCUUAAUUUGGAGUGAGUUGUCAUCGGAUGAAGAAAGUGAUGCUUGUGAAUCGCCUAAGCCAAAACGAAGACGAUGUGGAGAUUUGACCUACGUUAUGCCUUCUCGGAAAUGCUUAUCAAAGUACUUGGAAGAUGCCCACUAUCUUAAUUUGGAGAUGUUAGCAGAGUAUUUAUUGAAUAAAGCCGACUCAGUAGUAACUGUCGGUAUUGAUGAUGCAACCAAAGCAGCUGGUCAUGAUAUGCUUCAUGGUGACCACAUCACAAUAGCUGGACCCACACAGACACGAAAGACAUUCACAACAGGGUAUGUUGAAAACAUAUCACAUUCUGGUCAGGACAGUGCACCUGCUUAUGAAUUCAAGUUAGAAACCCUGGCAACAUUGGCCAACACUAGUGUAGAAGAUAUAAAAAACAAUAUCGACUUUUGGGAAAUCUGCAGACGAACUUUACAAAAACGCAAACUGGAAAAAGUUAAUUGA